AUGCCUGAAAAAGUGUCGGAAGCAAGUGCUGUGAGCAUCAAAAUACGCCCAUUCUGGGUUGAAAGACCAGAAAUGUGGUUUUUUCGAGUAGAAGCUCAAUUCCGGAUUGCUGGCAUUGUAGCCGAAGAAACAAAAUUUAAUUACCUCGUGGCGCAACUGGAACCACGCUUUAUCGAAAAUAUUUGGGAUAUGAUCAAAGAUGCGACCUCGAAUAAGUACACAGCUGCAAAAGAAAGACUUUUGUCUACAUUCACAGAAAGUGAAAACAAAAAAAUUAAAAGACUGUUAGCUGGAAUUGAGCUUGGCGAUAUGGCACCAAGCCAUUUUCUACGCCAAAUGAGAUCCCUUGCUGGAAGUGAAGUCAUUUCCGAUAAAGUGCUUCAUACACUUCCCUUACGAAAAUUUUAG